UGGAAAAUAAUUUUAAUAAAAUUGAUUUUUUAUCAAUGAAUGAAAUAAACAUUAAACAAGAAACAGAUACGGAUGAAGAAUUUAUAAAUAAAAGAAUUAAAAUGGAACCUGAAGAAGAAAGUAUUAUAAUCGAACCAGAAAUAAACAUCGAACAAUUGGAACAAGUAAUAAUUAAACAGGAAAUACUAGAAGAAAAUAUAAUUAUAGAACCCGAAUUAAUUGAUAUCAAUGGACCAUUAUUUACGAUUAAUUAUGAAACGGAAAACAAACCGUUUUCAUGUCAGAUUUGUGGUCAAACAUUUAAUUACAAAAGUAAUUUAAAUCAACAUAAGAAAAUUCAUCGCCGAAAGAAUUUUCACAUCGGAGAAAAACCAUUUUCAUGUGAAAUAGUGACGCAACAUAAACGGAUUCAUAGCGAUCAAAAACAGUUUUCAUGUGAUUUUUGUGAUAAAAGUUUUAACACACAAAGUUCUUUAACGAAUCAUAAACGUUUUUCACACGGUGAUAAUCGUGCUUUUCCAUGUGAAUAUUGUGAGAAAAUCUUUACACGACCCGAUAAUUUACGAGUGCAUCAACGUAUCCAUUUACACGAUAAAACAUUAGCGUGUGAUUUAUGUGCGAAAACAUUCUAUCGAAAAGAUAAAUUAACGGAACAUAAACGUACACAUUCGGGUGAAAAACCGUUUGCAUGUGAUUAUUGUGCGAAAACAUUUAAUCGAAAAGAUACUUUAAUCGAACAUAUACGGAUACAUUCCGGUGAAAAACCGUAUGUUUGUGAUUUUUGUAAUCGACGAUUUACACGACAAAACACUUUAGUGAAACAUAUACGAACUCACACGGGAGAAAAACCAUAUUCAUGUGAUUUGUGUGAGAAAAAAUUCACACAACAAUCGUUAUUAACGAAACAUGAACGUACACACACCGGGGAAAGACCUUUCUCGUGUGAUAUUUGUGCGAAAGCAUUUUCUCGUAAAGAUAGUGUUGAUCGACACAAAAGAAUGCAUACGGGUGAACAACCAUUUUCAUGUGAUGUUUGUGAUCGAACAUUUGCUCAAUUCGGUCAUUUAUCGGUGCAUAGACGUAUUCACACGGGCGAAAGACCUUAUUCAUGUGAUCUGUGUGAGAAAACAUUUACACAGUUAAGUAGUUUAAAUGUUCAUAAAAAAUUACAUAUGGAAAAUAUUAAAAUUGAAAAUAUAAAAAUCAAAGAAGAAAAUAUUAAAGUUGAAGAAGAACUAAAUAUAGAAUUAUUAGUUGUUAAAAAUAAAAUAUUUGAAGAUAUUGACAUUGACAGCGAUACAUUGGAAAAUCAAGAUGGACGCAAAAUUAAAAAUGAAAUACAAGAAAACAUCAGCAACGAUGCAGGUACAAUCGAAGAAAAACAAGUGAAAAAUGAAUGGAUUCAUGAAAAUGAUAAUCAAGUGAAUUAUGAAAAUAUUAAAAGUGAAGAAAAACGUUUUUCAUGCGCUAUUUGUGAUAAAGCAUUUAAUUACAAACAAAAUUUAAUUGUACAUGAACGUAUUCAUAGUGGACAAAAACCAUUUGGAUGUGAAGUUUGUGAUAAAACAUUUUCUACGCGAAGCAAUUUAAAACAACAUAAACGAUUGCAUAGCGGUGAAAAGCCAUUUUCCUGUCGCGAUUGUGAUAAAAAAUUUGCUCAACAAAGUUGUUUAAUUAUACAUAGACGGACUCAUAGUGUACAAAAACCUUUCUCAUGUGAAGUGUGUGAUAAAGCUUUUAUUCAAAAACAUGAUUUAAUUCGUCAUGAACGCGUUCAUACGGGGGAAAAACCUUUUUCCUGUGCAAUUUGUAAUAAAGCUUUUACACAAAAAAAUGAUUUAAUUCGACAUGAACGAAUUCAUAGCGGAAAAAAACUGUAUUCUUGUGAAAUUUGUCAGAAAUCAUUUACUCAUCGAAGCAGUUUCUAUUAUCAUAAACGGACUCAUACUGGUGAAAAAACGUUUUCCUGUGAAAUUUGUGAUAAAUCGUUUACUUGUAAACAGAAUUUGAUUGUACAUAAACGAAUUCAUAGCGGAGAAAAACCAUUUUCUUGUGAAGUUUGUGAUCAAUCAUUUACGCAUCGAAUCAGUUUAAAAACACAUGAACGAAUUCAUACCGGGGAAGUCCCGUUUUCUUGUGAUGUUUGUAACAAAAACUUUAAUAAAAAAUGUAAUUUAAUUCAACAUAAACGUAUUCAUAGGAAACCUACUACCUACAUUAGAGGAAAUAAAUCAGGUUAG